AAGCUGGUACAACCGCUCGUCGUUUCGUAGGUCACACUAAGGAUGUUUUGUCCGUUGCAUUUUCUAUUGAUAACCGUCAAAUCGUGUCAGCCUCACGUGACAAAACUAUCAAGCUUUGGAACACGCUCGGUGAGUGCAAGUACACAAUAACGGAUGGGGACUCACAUUCCGAUUGGGUUUCAUGUGUCCGUUUUAGCCCAAACAAUCUUCAGCCAACUAUUGUUUCUGGGUCGUGGGACCGGACUGUGAAAAUCUGGAAUUUAACGAACUGUAAGCUAAGGUCCACUCUAGCUGGACACAGUGGUUAUGUGAACACCGUGGCGGUUUCUCCUGAUGGUUCAUUGUGUGCUAGUGGAGGAAAGGACGGAGUUAUUUUGCUUUGGGAUUUGGCUGAGGGAAAGAAACUGUAUUCGCUUGAGGCUGGGUCUAUUAUUCAUUCUUUAUGUUUUAGUCCGAAUAGAUAUUGGCUUUGUGCUGCUACGGAAUCAAGUAUUAAGAUUUGGGAUUUGGAGAGUAAGAGCAUCGUGGUGGAUCUUAAAGUUGAUCUGAAACAAGAGAGUGAAAUGUCUGCUGAGGGAACUGCUGCUGCCAAAAACAAGAUCAUAUACUGCACCUGUUUGAGCUGGAGUGCUGAUGGAAGUACACUUUUCGGUGGAUACACAGAUGGUUUGAUUAGAGUAUGGGGAAUUGGGCGUUAUUAGGAAAGUGCAUCUAGAGGAGCCAUUUGGCCAUACUGAUUUGAAGGCGUUUAGAUUGCUAAUAUCUUGGAAAUAGGAUUUUUGCAUUCUCCCUGUUUUUCGUGGUUUCGAGGCCUCAACUGUUUCAGUUUUGGAAUUCUUAUUUAGUAUUUGUUACAUCGGAUAUCUUGCUAUAAAUCUAAGUUGUUUUGCUUGGUCUUCGAGUAUUAGAGUUCCUUGCAUGUUGUUUUCCUGCAUCUUCUGCAGGUCUUCACUUCAUGUGAGUGAGCUGUGACUCUUUGCUUAUGUCUAGUGGCGGAAAAGGGUUGUCACUUGUCACCUUUUCCUUGUAUUAUAGGUUGUGCCAUACAAAGGGGAAUAAGGUACACUAUGUCUGUAUUGUUUCUCA